AUGGAGUCGCCAUCUUGGAUGUUCAGCAAAGCGUUAUCACAUCGUCAGAAAGUAUGUCGUUUAUUCAAACGGGCAUUGCGUGAAGUAGAUGGUUAUUACGGCACAGAUCUUCUGGAAGCUCGUUUUCAAAGGGUAAUAAUGCGGGCUCGUUUCGAUGCAUAUAAGGAGGAAAGUGACCCAGACAAAGCUCGAUUGAUAUAUUUGGAUGGUUGUCGUCAAAUAUGGGAGCGGAAACAUUGGGCUACUUUCCGCUUUGGCUCAGAUGUUGGUGGUGCAGCAUACAAUCGUGAUACGCAUAAUAUGCCUGAUGCCUUGCUUGAUGGUACAACGUGGACAAAUGUUGAACGUGAACAAUUUCCUUACUACUUCAAUCGACGUGAGCAAAGAAAGAAAGAACUACUUGCUCACUGGUCUAAAAUUGAAAAAGAAUGGGAUGAGGAAUUGGCUAAAAUCCAAACCGAACUGCCGCAAUCUGAACAGAAAGAAGCUGAACAAAAAUAA